AACAGAAGAAGACAGGAGAGCGGAGAGCCACGUUAGUUGGAGUAGUGGUUACUAGUAGUAGUUAGUCAGUCUUCCAACGCAGACAAGCAGCAGGUUGACAGCACAUUGAACUCCAAAAUGAACGGGAUGGAAGAAGAAACAAUGGCGCCGCAGACGUUUCUCUACGGGUGUGUGCUGGAGGCUGGAAAGGAGGUGGUGUUCAAUCCCGAGGACGAUGACUUUGAGCAUCAGCUCGAUCUAAGGAUGGCCUGUGUGGACCCCAGCACAAAAGACGAACUUCACAUGGUGGAGGUGGAAGGACAAGACACCGAGGGUCAGAAAAUCAAGGCAGCGCUGGUUUCUCUGAAGCCCUCUACCCUGCCAAGUGUUUGUCUCGGUGGUUUCACCAUCACACCCCCGGCAGUGUUCCGUCUGAAGGCAGGUUCUGGUCCGAUCCAUAUCAGUGGACAACACCUUGUCAUGAUGGAAGCCGAUCAGUCUUUUGACGAGGACGAUGACGAAGAUGAUGAAGAAGAAGAGGACAUCAACAUCAAAACAAAGAAAAGAGCUGCUUCCUCUCCCGCCCUCAAGUCCCAGAAAAAAAUGAGAAUGGACAUGGACGAAGAUGAUGAUGAUGAUGAUGAAGAUGAUGAGGAUGAUGAGGAUGAUGAAGACGAUGAUGAGGAUGAGGACAGCGAGGAGGAAGAAUCACCUGUUAAGGCCAAGCCGACGCCAUCCAAACAGCCCGCCGCUGCUCAGAAUGGAAAGAGCUCUAAACCCAAUACUCCAGCCAAGAAGCAGGAACAGACUCCUAAAGGCAAGGGAGGCAAGUCACCUAAAACCCCACCAACUCCCAAGGCAAAUCUGACUGUUCCUGAGAUUAAAGCCAAGCUGAUGGAGGCGGUGCAGAAGGGAGUGUCAUUACCUAAAGCUCAGCCCAAGUUCGAGAACUUCUUGAAGCAUGGUUAUAAAGUCUCAGAUGCCAAGGUUGUUGCUGAGAUGUGGAAGUGGAGGCAGACGGUGAAGGAUGCUAAAUAAGUCUAAAUAACCAUAGUUUUUUUUUUUUUUUUUUUUUAUCUCUUUUUAUGACUUGUUUAUAUCCAUUGCACCUCUUAAACCCUCUGAAGCCAAACUCAGUGCCUCACAGUUGUCAUGAAUUCAAAGUGUAAUCCAGCUCCACCUGCCCUCCUGUAUGAAGAGUGGAUGGUUAGUGACGUGGACGGGGGCGGUGCACUGUGCUGCUGCAUUGUCCUUCCGCCUCCAUCAGGCUCUCGCUGGGGCAGAGAAAUAAUUUGGUUUGUUAAAUAAACCCUGAGAGAACCAACUUACAAAUUUGCAUCAUUGUAAAUGUGUAAAUAAAAUUCUCACUAGUUUUUGGCAGCAUUGUAUGCAGGAACAAUAAAAAUGUAUCAGAUCGUUACACCCAAUUAAAAGCACACAAACAAGACGAGUCCCAAAGCAGCUUAAGAAACUUCAAAUCCGUUCAAUAAGAAAUCAGCUAAUAUCGGUCGAGGUCACAUCGUCUGUCAAUGUUGGAAAAGCAGAACUGUUGGCUGAUGGUCACUGUAUUGAUUUGUCUGGUACCAUCAAGAACUUUGCACUUUGAAAUGUUUUGAAUGUUUGUGCUCUUGUGAGAUUCCUGUGGUCCCACGACAAGAAAUGUUUAUUUCUGUCUGAAACGUCAGAAUUCAACCUGUUCUUAUAUUUCAAGUAUUUUACCGUCCACAAAGAGUCAGCCGCUUAAUCCUAGACACGGGCCCCAUUAACCUUUUGAGAGUGACGUGAAACAAGUGCAGCACCUGACACAUCUGUUGGCCUGUGUGGUGAUUGGUCUGCUUGAUGUUGUCACGACUACUGAGAGCCAAUAGGACAAAGGUUAAAUACUUGCUCUGUGAGCGACUGACUGCAUGAAGGAAUUUGCAAAUGACUUACUAAAACUUUCCAAACCCGAUGUGGAGAAUUCUCGAAGAUGUUCUACGCGGUUGUUCUAAGGAAUACUCACCUGUCGUCACGUUUAAUGAAGCCACAAACCCUGUGCUCAUUCGACCAGUUAAAGUUCAGAUUAACGAUGUAAAUGUUGGCGCCUGUUAGAGCAGGUGAUCAUUCAGUGGUCGCAAGAAAAAAGUGUGAGUUUGUAUGACAUUAAAUAUUCUGUGGGUUUGGACGGGCUGUCCCAAGAUUGAUUAAAUAAAAACAAAUAAUGUGGA